CAGUCAACCGGGCUCUGGAUUCGACACCUCCUAAUAAUUAUUAUUAUGUAGCCUCUGAGAGGAAUAACUGGGGCUAGCUCCAUAUCCUGGCUGUGCCAUUUUCAUUGAGCUCCAUAACUAGUCCAAGGACUAAGUAAAAGGCAAGGAGCGGUCACUUGGCUUCACUGCUGGAAGCUACAUUGUACUUGACAGCUGGGACAUGCUCGCAAGGUUAGGUUACGACACGUAUUUGCGAGCAGAAAAACUCAGCGAGCUGCUCCGUGUUGUCUGAAACACACUCCUAUCUCGUCGGCGUUUCCAAGUAACCCCGUCAUUGCGAUGUUGCUUUCGGAGUAGAACGAGCAAUGGCUUGCUCACGGCCAGCAACUGCAGCCUCUCGUCCGUUAGUCGCAACCGUUCCUCGACUCGUCUGGUGCUUGCUCCUUUUAGUUGUAGGUCCUGCUGGAGCGUGGAUAGCGGAGCGGAAUAUCAACAUUUCCAUCGGCAGCCACAUGAGAACAUGGGUCUACUCGUCCCUGGGACCCGGCGGCAGCAACGCGUUCAAAUUCAAGCCCGGUGGAACGGCGAAGAUAUCGCUCUCGUGUUCCUGGACUCCUGCAACGGCUGGCCAGGGAGCUGCGGACUGGAUUGAGAAUGCUGUGUAUCUGUUGCUGUGUCAGGAGGAUAGGAUUAAGCUUCACGCUGAAGGAAGCCUGUCCGAAUGUUCAGAGAGCGUGAACGCGUGCAAGCACAGCUUGGUGUACCCUACGCAAGUCUCCUGCAGCCUGCACCCGCCCAUCGACGUGGUUACCAAGUCCACACAGGUAACCGCUACCUCGAUCGUAGUACAGCAGUCGCAGUCCGUCAACAGCACCGGGCGUGUGAAGUUUGUGGUUGUGACUUGCUGUGGCACUCCGUCGCCGGCAGACUACACAUGUCAGGCUUUUCUGGAUGUUCGCAACUUAGGCGGUACGCAUUUGAGUGUCGAUGAGUUUGGGUUACCCCGGUUCUAUCUGCUGUAUUUCCUGGCACUGUGCAUACUGCUUGGAGUAUGGUGUGUUAACGCGUUGUACCACUGGAGGUUCAACAAUCGUUUGCACACCGCCCUGACAUUGCUGCUGUUUUUCCGCGUGGGAGAAGCGGCUGCACUCUACUGGAGCUGGCUAAGCAUAUCUAAAUCAGGCGUGGAAUCGGUCCCAACCGACAGGGUGCGCUACGUUCUAGCGUCGUUGAAGUGGUCCUUCUAUUUCCUGUUCCUGACGAGUGGCUCGUUUGGCAUGGGUAUUGCCGUGAAGACGCCCCGGCAUAUGUACCGGAUAGUCUUGUCGAAUGUUCUUGUCCUGGCCUCGCUGCUCAUGUUCUUCUUCGUAAACAGCUAUGCAUUGGCGGUGACUGUAAUACUCGCUCUACUUGGCGUGUUCAGUGCCGUGCGUCACGUCCGCUACAUCAUGAUAUCACUGGAUAAGUUCCUGCACGCCGAGCGGCGCUUCUUCAGGAACAACGCCGAUGCCCAGUACUCGUCGAAGAGGACGCUAAAAGAUCGCGUUGGCAAAAAGCUGCGCCUGCUCCGAGUGGUGCUUGUGUUCACGCUGGCGUUCCCGCUAGUGUACAUCAUCGGCAGCGCCGUAGCCCAAGCCCGCUUCCAAAGCCAGACCAACAUACAGGCAAUGCUGCGUGAAUGCUUCGAAGCCUUCUUCCUUCUACUCCUGCUGUGGGCAUUCCGCCUCAGGGAGUGCUGUGAUUACGCGCUGAUAAAGAUUGACACACACCCAAAGGAAAGUGAACAAUCUAUCGUAUUGCUGGGUGCUGGAAAGACGACCAUGUUCUUCUCGCAAAACAGCGAGAGGUGUUCCGCGAUUGCCACAUCGUCGACAUGAGAGACGACCAUGUUCUUCUCGCAAAACAGCGAGACGUGUUCCGCGAUUGCCACAUCGUCGACAUGAGAGCAUUUUUUUAAACAUUCCCGUGAGCACCAAGUCAACCCUAGCUGGUCUUAUGGGUGAGUCUUGUAUGAUUUGUAAAGAGCAGCCGAGCCACCAGUGGUCAGCAAUCAUGCGUAUUCAAACUAGAAAUUGAUCAUGUCGAUAGUAUUGACGGGCUAUUCCGACAAACUGGCAUAAGCAUUAUCCUUAGGAUACAUUAUUUACUUGAGGAACAGGGUUCCAGAUUUGAAUUAGCCACACACCUCUCCUCCCUCCUUCCCCCUGUAGCAUCUUGCAUUGACCUCGUUUGGCCAGGCUACCUUGAAUUUUAUUCACACUUAAUACGUGCCUGCAAGGGGGAGAGAGAUUGCUUGCAACAUGGCACGUUCAAUCUGGUUUCCAUCACUUUGCCUGCUGCAUUAUAUAAUUUAUAAUCAAACCGGCCUAUCGACCAUGCAACAAUAUAGACAGCUUUGAAAGCAACUACUUUACCGGACCUAUUCAUCAGACCAUAUACUGUAUGUGAAUAGGGAUUGCAAGUGCCAUUUUGCUUGCAAUGGAACCUAUUCUAGUGCUAUUUCUCGUGCUACUGUUGUUGAGGCAUUUACUGUGUGUGUGUAUCUUGAUUUUGAUGUGCCACACUGACAAAUAAUUAGUAGCAAUCCUUUUUAUAUCCCUGCCCAUAUAUAAUUAUGGCGCUGCUAUAAUUUGGCACUGCUCAACAAAUGUUAGCGCUUCUAGGCUCGUACUGAGA